CUUCACAAGCUCAAACAAAACCCAGCGAACAUUUCCCUUCACCGCUUGGUUAAAACUGGUUUGCUGCUGUCUUAGAACUCGCUGUUGAUACCAAAGGCCGUGCAUCCCAAAUGUAGUGCAACCAGUCAGCCAUAAGUGUCGCACUUCAUCUGACAGUGAUAAACUGCUUUCCUCACGUCCCUGGAAACCAGAGGGCCAAGGACAACUCAAGAAAACUCUGUGAUUAACUAUCAUGGUACAGCUGACUGUAGAUCUGAUUUCUAAAUCUAGAAAGCACUUCAAAAAGAAAAAGGGCAUCUCUUUAACACAGUACCUCAAGACCCUUACCCACCUCCACUUUUCCAGCAGUAAUAUUGAAAGUAUUGGAGAUAUUUCCAUGUGCAGAAAACUUGCUGUUCUAUACCUGCUUGAUAAUCAAAUCACAGAAAUUUCCAACCUUGGCUUUGCCUCCAACAUCACCCAUCUGUACUUGCAAUGGAACAACAUUACUCAUAUAGAAAAUCUGUACAACUUGCAGAAACUCUCCAAACUGUUCUUGGGUGGAAACAGGAUUGCAAUGGUGGAGGGUUUGGAGCAGCUCCAUGAGCUCAAGGAACUUCAUCUGGAGAAUCAAAGGUUGCCACCAGGAGAGAAGUUGUGCUUUGACUCCAGGACUCUCCUCUCACUCACAGAAUCUCUUUGUGUCCUGAAUAUUAAUAACAACAACAUUGAUGAUAUCAACGACCUGUCAGGACUGAAAGAACUUCAACAUUUUUCUGCUGCCGAUAAUAAAUUGCACAAUAUUGAGGAGUUGGAGAAUGUGUUCAGUCUCUGGCCGCAGCUUCUUCAAAUGGAUUUGAGUGGAAAUCCUGUGUGUAAGAAACCAAAGUACCGAGACCACAUGAUAAUUGUGUGCAAAAACCUCGAGUGUCUUGAUGGAAGAGAUAUUAAUGAGAUAACCAGGCAGUUCCUUAAUAACUGGAAAAUAUCCAAAGAGGCGAAGAAGAAGAAGAGGAACAAACAAAUGCUGCCUGCAGCACUGAUCACCAAAACUUUUAACAAAUAAGUCAAUUAAUUUUACAUUUUAAUGAUUCUAUUAUUUUAUCUUUGUCUACAAUACUGGGGUUUUGCUACAUUUAAAUUUCUUAUACUAUUUUUGUACAGCCACAAUUUUAAGACGUUCCUUCCUUUUUUAAUCCAUGUAGUCAUCUUUCAGUAAAGAAGAAAUCACAAAUAACUCCAAGAUGAACAUUUGCCAUUCUUUGCUUUAUUCUCUGUAAAUUUGAUUUGAAUUUCUCAUAUGGACCUGGCUUUGUUUAUGUUCCAAAUGACUUCUACACAGCUUCCACAUCCUGGUCACAUCAGCUGCCCAAAUAUGCAGACACAGAACCACAGCCGUGUCUCACGUCCAGUAUCACAGUUUAACAAAGUGUGCACCUACUUCUACUUUCUUAAUAAAGUCAUUAAAAAGUGAGAAUUAAAAAAUAUCUGUAACUUUGCAUCUAGCUUCCCAAAAGAUUUGUUAUGCUACAUGAUCAAAUUUGCCAGUUAUGAGUGAUAAUAGCUCCUAAUAAGCUGAAAGUUAUCCCACAUCCUAUUUCUUUUUAUAUUUCUCCACAAAGUCUGGAAAUAAAAUUGAUUGAUUUGAUCAGUUUUAUAUAUAUUUAUUGUCCUUUUGAUUAUCUUGAUUAUGUUCUUUGGUCUGUUCAUUGUACAUGAGAAUUAUGUUAUGCUGUCUUGUUUAUUUAUCAUUAGGGAAAAAGCAUUUAGAGUUAAAGCUUUAUUGGUGUGGAUGCUUUCUUGCACACUCCUUUUUUCCCUCUUUAUUAUC